AUGUGUUGCGGAGGAGAGCAAGGGAGCACGAAAGGUCAACAACAACAGCAAAAUAAAAAGGAUGAAAUCCAGAUAAAAGUAGGAAACGUACCACAACAGCAACCACAACAGUCUGCAUCAACAGCAACUGCUAGGGCUGUACAAACAAAUUACGAUGAAUUGUUUAAGAUUGUUUCGGGAUCAUUUUCAGAUAAUUUCAUGCCCACUGUGGGUGUAGACUUGAAAGUACGCUUUUUAAACGUAGAUGGAAAAACCAUUAAGAUUCAAAUAUGGGAUACGGCAGGACAAGAACGAUUCAGAAAUUUAACUCGGUCAUACUAUCGGGGCAGUGAUGGUGUAAUUCUUCUCUAUGACAUUACUCAAGAAAAAUCAUUUACUAACCUGACAGUAUGGCUCAACGAAGUGAAAAAGAAUAUUUUAGGACUCAACAAUGGAGAGAGCAUACCUCAUGGCUCUCAGCUUAACCUCUUCAUUAUUGGCAAUAAGACUGACUUGGAAAAUUCGCGACAAGUCACUACUGACAGAGCUAGAAAAUUCUGUGAAACUCUUCAGAUGGAUGUGUUGUUUGAUGAAAUUUCUUGCAAGAACACACCGAAUGAAACGAUUGAGCAAGACAUUUUGUGUAAACUAUCAAAAAAAAUUUUGGAAUCUCGACAAAAAGAAAAUGAAAUCAUAGACUAG